AUGGCUCCAAAAUAUUUUUUUAUGAUUGAUGUUUCAACGAAAAGUGAAACACUUUUAAGAUAAGAUAUGAAUGAAUUAAUUAUUAGUGAUUAAUUUAAUUUAACAUUUGAUUGUUAGAUUCAUUUGUACAAUUUUAAUAAAAAAUUGAAAUAAGUUUAGAUGUAUGUCUUAAAAGAUGAUAAUGAGUACAUCUAUAUGGAGAAUAUCUAUUUAAUUUAUAAGAUUCUAAAAAUAGUAUUGUUGCAUUCUUAAAUAUUUAUUUCCUAAACCUCAAUUAAGAAGUAAUAAAUUUAUGGAAGCAUUGAAAAUAUCUUAAAAAUUAAUUUAUAAUUAGGGUUCUAAUUUAAUAAUCCUCAUAUCUUGAUCAAUCAAAGAAUUAAAUAUUUUAGAGAACAGUAAGAAAUCAUAAUAGUAGUUACAUAAAAGAAAAUCUAUUUUGACCUAAAAUUCAAACUUUGUAUAUUUGUCCAUCCAUUUUUAUAAUUCCUGUUGGUUUUAUGA